GAUAUUUGAUACUUUAUUUGUACUCUACUUUACCAGUAGUUCACUUAAAUACAAUCUUACGUAAACGGGCUCACGUCUCACUUACAAGCAUCAUUCCAAGUAUUCAUAAACGAUGUUUUUUUUAUGUUUUAUGAAUUGUGAAUCAAAUGAAUUUGUCAUUAGAGUUGUUGACGCAUGCUGUAGUUCCGCACGCGUCCAGCAGGGGGCGGAACAGAGCCGCCGUGUUUCCACCGGAAGCGUAACUGCACAAAGCGGAAGUGGAGGGAAAGACGACCUCGCCAAUUUUCCGAGCUGUGCAGAGGCACUUUUAGGGAAUCUGUUGGCAUUAAAGUCACUCGUCGUCGUCGCCACACGGAGGCCGAAACAUGGACAGAUAGUGUUUCUUUCAUCGGAUUUACAGAGGUGGUCCCUGCAGGCGAUAAUCUGUCACAUCUGUGCCCAUCUUGGACGGUCACUCUCCGUUUAGAUCACACCAGAAAGCCUUUCCCCCCCCCCCCCACCACCUUUCUUGUGGCCACCAGCAUGGCGAACAGCAUCCCAGCAGCAGUAAAGGUUAUUGGGACCCCUGGCCCUGCUGGUCGAAGUAGUCCGGAGGGGUCUCAGGUGCUCAGUAAGAAGAAGCUGCAGGACCUGGUGAGGGAGAUCGAUCCGAAUGAACAGCUGGACGAGGAUGUCGAGGAGAUGCUGCUGCAAAUCGCAGAUGACUUCAUAGAAAGUGUGGUGACAGCGGCGUGUCAGCUGGCUCGCCAUCGCAAGUCCAACACCUUGGAGGUGAAGGAUGUUCAAUUACAUCUCGAGCGCCAGUGGAACAUGUGGAUCCCCGGCUACGGCUCAGAUGAGAUCCGGCCGUUCAAGAAGGCCUGCACCACAGAGGCCCACAAACAGAGAAUGGCGCUGAUCCGCAAGACAACCAAAAAGUAGCGAGACUACCACGUCGUACCCGCCGUGUGCGUCGCCUUUCCUUUGGUGUGGAUUCAUUCUUUUUGGACUAACGCGUAGGGGAGGAACGCUUCUGUUGUUCAUUAGUCUAAUUGUCACAACAAUGUAAUUCUCGUCUGAUUGUCUUUCGUUGCCAUCGAGUUUAAGCCUCGCAGAACUCAACCUUUUUGUCAAACAUUUACUGGAAUUCUGUUUGGACGCUGACCACUGCUCGGUCUCGCUGGCUACUUUUAGAGCAUUUCCAAGUAAAUGCUGAGAAAUGUGUUUAUCUACAACGACGGAUCAUUAUAACUAAGCUCCCUUGUUCAUUUACUCCAAUCAUACAUUUAUUAUUAAACCAAACGGUGGCUACAAACAGGAAAUUUGGUUAUUAAUCAUGUUUAUGGUUUUGUGUGUUGCUACAGAAUGUGGAAGGGUUUAUUUCAUCAACAUUUAUUUGAACUAUCCGUGUAAAUUGUAUUUUUACUUUGGUCUGUUUCAUCGAGACGAUGGAAGAAAUGGUGCUGAGAUGUUGACUUUCACAAUGUCGCAUAAAAAAAAUAAACGACUGCUCUAUCAAA